AUGCAAUAUCUUCCAGAUUUGAUGGGUGAUUCCUUGGAGAGUUACCCUCGUAGAGUUUUCAUUGAUGUGGGAUUGGCGGAGAAAGAAGGAGAAAGAAAAAGUGAUUGGUUUAAGAAGAAUUAUCCAACAAGAAACAAGAAUUUCGAAAUGUACAACAUAAAUAUCGACAUAAUUACGGCGGAAGAGGCGUCGACGAAAGAAGUGUCACAAAUAGGGAUGUCAGAUUGGCUGCGAAAGAAUGUGAAAGAUGAGGAAUUCGUGGUGAUGAAAGCGGAGGCAGAAGUGGUGGAAGAGUUGAUAAAAAGAGAUACUAUUGGGCUGAUAGAUGAACUUUUCUUGGAGUGCAGGCCACAUAAAAAACAAGAGAAUAAUAGAAGUCGUAGGGCUUAUUGGGAGUGUUUGGCACUCUAUGGAAACUUGAGGGAUAAAGGUGUAGCUGUACAUCAAUGGUGGGGUUAGAAACUCAAAAGAAGCACAACA